UAUUUCAGGAGCUCGCCGGCCCAUUGGUGUUCCCGGGAAUCCACUUCCAUAAAGAGGACGUAUGGACUCCAUAUAUUGGCGACGUGAUGUCUUCUGUGCGCUUUGGCAGCUUCUCCUGCUAGCUGUCGUCCCUUCCUCCUCCUCCUUCUUCUUCUUCUUCUUCUUCUUCUUCAGCGCACAGCUGCCCCGACGCACGCCGACAUGUCUGAGAAAAAGAUGACCUCCAGCCGCAGGCAUCACCUCAAGAGCGUGAUCCUGUCCAUUGCGCUCAACUGGCUAGAGCAGGAGAAGAAGGACAUCGUGGAACAGAAGGAAGCCUACAUGGCCGAAAACUGUCCCAGUCCUGACCUGAGCGGAGACCAAGCCACUCUCAUGGAGCUGUGCAGGAAACUCCACGCCGCCAUCGACAAGAUCGACGAGGAGCGCUACGACGCCGAGGCCAAAGUGCAGAAGGCCAAGAAGGAGAUCGAGGAGCUCAACAUCAAGGUGGUGGACCUCCGAGGCGUCAAGAAGCCCGCCCUGAAGAAGGUGCGCAUGUCAGCUGACACCAUGCUGCAGGCCCUGCUGGGCUCCAAGCACAAGGUCACCAUGGACCUCAGGUCCAACCUCAAGCAGGUUAAGAAGGAAGUCAAAGAGGAGCCCACAGAGGCGGUGGGUGACUGGCGUAAGAACAUCGAGGACAAAGCAGACAGGAAGAAGAUGUUUGAGACUUCCUAAGAUGUCUACAUGUUUUAUGUUUUUUCUCUUGUUUUUUGCGACACACAACUCACAAAAUGCUCCCACGACACAAUAAACCCAUCAAUGUUU